GCUUUGGCUUGGGACGCUGGAGGCUGAUCAAACCCUUCUUGUGCCUUCCAAGCAUGUCCGAGGACUUGAUCCGUGCCGAAAAGUGCACCAGAGCUAUGACCUUUCCUCAAACACCGCCGCACCAAGCUCCACGCGCAUGCACCAGCGCGUUAUGAAGCCUGCACCCUUCAUCAGCAAACACCCUCGGACUGCAUGUCGACGUUAUAGCCAUGGAUGAUCUUGAUGAUGAUCUGGAUCUACGCCACCAUCGAGGCGUGAAACCCGAUGUGUACUAUCGGGUCCCAGCUAGUGAAUCUUUGGAUGGUGCACUUCGAAACGAGCUGGACAGGAACGCUUCGAGCCUGAUUCCUUCAGAUGUAGUGACAGAGUUUGUUUUUGCGGCCGCCUCUACAGUCACAAUCCCUGUGACCCAACAAACCAGCCUAGAUGCUCUCAUUGAACCUCAAGAUUACGCCCAGAGCAUUCAAGUCGAGUAUGCAUUAUGUCGAGAAAUUGAUGGCAAAGAGAGACUUGUCAUACAGCGUGCAAUUGCGAAAUCCAUUGUAGCAGCCAUCGAAGAAACUGACGGCUUCAAGUACUCUGAGCGCCAUGCUUCUAAUUCUAAAGCUCGUGGUGACGGCGCUCGGUUUAGGUAUGUCUGCCAAGACAGUCUGGAGAAUAAAGACCGAAAAGCCAACAAGAAGAAGAAAGAGACGGAUGCAGAUAAGGCUGAUGAAGUCGUCGUAGCCAAGAAUCUAAUACCAACACACGACUGUGGCGGUGCGAUUCAUGUGAAGUUUUCGAUCAAGCGCGAUGCCAUCCACGUGGUGUACAAGCACAAUCCGCUUCACAGGGAUGUCGAGAGCCGACGAAAUGGCAACAGCGACUCUGCCAACCCGGAAGCAAACGGGGAAUCCACACCCCAAUCUGCAAAGAUCUCCAACGGUACCACUAAGAAGAGGAAGCGAAGCAAGACAGACCACCCUGUGGCGGCUGACACCGAUUUCCAUGAUCCAAACCUCGACAUGUCUACCUCGCCUGAGGCGCCUAGAACUUCAGUGAAGAAGAAACGCGGUAAAGGUAGCACUACUUCUGCUACAGGCGCCAUCAAGUCAUCGACCAAGAGGACCAAGGCUUCCAAGGCGGCUUCGGCUUCGUCUCCAGUCAAAUCUCGAAGGAAGGCUGCACCAACAGAAUUGACCCCGCCGCAGAGACUUGCUAGGAACAAAGCAUGUAUUAGGUGCCGCGAGAAGAAGAUCAAGUGCAACGAGGCAAAGCCGAAUUGCAAUCAGUGUAAACGAGGGCUGUGGACCUGUCAGUAUGAGGUGGAGGGACCCAAGCGACGCUCGAAAAAUGGCUGCCUCAAUUGUAAGCAGCGCAGACGCAAGUGUACGGAAGAAAAGCCAUCUUGCGCGUAUUGUCUCAAGGUCGAUGACGACUGCGAAUACGCCGAGUAUUCUUGAGAAGCCUGUGGCUGAUAUGGCAUACACUGCCUACGGGAUCCUUGACGCCAGCGCUGCCCAAGCCAUGCGUGUUUACAUCAGGCGGAGCACCAACUGACAGCUUGCAUCAGCCCGCGCGCAAGAGUUUAAUGCCGGAAGCAGCGAGACAUUAGACAACUCACACGCUUACCCAAACAUUAGAAGACUGCUCCGAUGGUGUAUAGACCUCGAUAAUUAUUUUUAACGUGGUCAGCGAUACCAGUACAUGGUCGACGCCUGCACGCUGCUCGAAUCAUAAUAGCGGCCAAUAUUUAGUACUGCUGCCAAAACAUGCAAGAUAUAUGGUGGAUUGUGCAGCUGUCAUCAUCAUACAUUGAUGACCAGUAUACCAGAUACUUCAAAGUGGCUGCA